AGAGAGAGAGAGAGGAAUGCGUCGCUAAUGAGUAAACGGACCAUCGCCGAGCACGAAAGAGCGGACAACGGAAAGGGGAAAGGAGGAAAAACGGAGAAAUGUUGUAGACCUCAAAAAAAGAGCAGAAAGGGGAGGUGGAGAACGACGAAAAUCGUCACAUAUAUUAAUUGGAAGGAUUACAAUUACCCUAUACUGGUGAAUAGAAUCCAACUAGGAUUUUUAAUGCUGUCCUCACGGAGAAUUGAGCUAACGGGCUUGCUGGUCUUCUGAACGAUGCAUAGGCUUCUGCUCCUGAGUUUGGCGUUGAGUUUUCACCGUGUGUGGACAGCGCGUUUCUCCCAGGAGCCAGCGGACCAGUCGGUGGUGCUGGGCCAGAGGGUGAUUCUGUCCUGUGUUGUGUUUAACUACUCGGGCAUUGUGCAGUGGACCAAGGAUGGACUGGCCCUGGGCAUCGGAGAGGACCUCAGGGGUGAGACUACAACAACUCUAAGACCCCCCAUCCCCCCCCGACAACACCCAACAACACCCAACACCCAUCAUUUCUACGUCCGCCUGGCACUGACUCAGGAACAGCUGAUAGAAGGGGUGUGUAAGGCCAUCGUCCCCAGGAUCGGAGUGGGAGAGACAGAGGUCACGCUCACUGUCAACGGUCCCCCCAUCAUCUCCAGUGAGCCCGCCCAGUAUGCGGUGAGGGGGGAGAGAGGAGAGGUCAAAUGCUACAUCGCCAGCACACCUCCACCGGACAAGAUUGUGUGGGCGUGGAAAGAGAACGUAUGGGAGAAGGAGAAGGGGACUCUGUUGGAGAGGUACACGGUGGAGCAGAGUAAACCUCUGUCUGAGGGAGGGGCUGUCCUCUCCACCCUCACCAUCAACAACGUCAUGGAGGCUGACUUCCUGUCCACCUACAACUGUACCGCCUGGAACGCCUUCGGACCCGGGACCAUGAUCAUCACCCUGGAGGAGACUGAGGAGGUCCCAGUGGGUAUAAUAGCAGGAGGGACUGUUGGCUGCACCAUCCUGCURUUCCUGUGUUUACUAGUCCUGGUCCUCAUCUUCUACCGGCAGCACAAAGGCAGUCGUCGCGGGGUCACGCUGGGUAAGCCAGACAUCAAGGUAGAGACAAUAAACAAGGAGACCCACAGUCUGGAGGAGGACUCCGGCAGCGUUUCCACGGCAUCACGCAUGGUCAAGGCCAUGUACUCGCCCUUUAAAGACGAUAUAGAACUGAAACAGGACCUACGCAGCGACACUCUAGACACACGCCAGGAGUACGACCUUAAGGAUCCCACCAAUGGCUACUAUAACGUGCGAGCCUCCACCCAUGACGAGGGCCGUCCCGCCUCCCGCUCCAUGCACUACUCCGACUACCGGCCCUCCAACACCCCAGGGGGCGCUGCCUCCGUCAGCAGCAGUGCUGGAGGAUCAGGGGCCACGGCCAGCGGAGGAGGCCCUCCAGGCCCAGGGCCCCUCAACACCCCUGGCCGCCCCAGCUGCUACGACCCCCGUCCCCCCUCCAGACUGUCCCAUAACAGCUAUGCUCAGUUUAACACAUUCACCCGGGCUGGGCAAAGCCAGCCGCCCCCUCCCAACCCCCCGCCGCAGACCAGCGACUUCCCUGUUGACUGCAGCCUGUUGGACUCCUCUCAACUGGCCUACGACAACUACGGCUAUCCCUCUCACCCCUAUACCCCCUACCGCAUGGGCUUCGCCCCGCCCACGGUGGCUCCCUUGGAAGCCGGUCCGUCCUAUGAGAUGUACGGGGUUGGGCCGGGGGUGGGCCCUGUGCCAGGGGUGGGGCCUGGUGCGGGGGUGGGGCCGGGGGCGACUCCAUCAGGGUCAGAGACUGGACUGGGGAAGUAUGGAAGCUCCACCCGCUUCUCCUAUACCUCGCAGCACUCUGACUACGGCCACAGAGGACACACACAGAGGAUGCAGACACAUGUGUGAGAUACAGUACAUUCUCACGUAGAGGGUGAGGGCGCAUUCUCAUACACACUGUCACUCAGUCGCACACACACAUUCGCAUUCUCAAACAUACACACACAAACACACUUGAGUGUACACAGAC